AAAUAGGUACUACGUAUCAGACGUUUUCUGCUGUUUGUUGUUGAAGUUAUUUUCUAUUUUUUUAUUUGAUAUUGAAGUUUCGUAUACAACAAAAAAAUUGCUGAUAGUUCAUUAAAAUGAGAAGACAAUUUGGUGUAACUUAUAAACCUUUCACUUUUAAAAUAAUUUUGUUGAUGAUAUUGACAUUUUCUGUGUGUUUCGCUGAAGAGGCGGUGAAGUACGUUGCAAUUAUCUAUCGACACGGCGAUAGGACACCGGUGGAUACGUAUCCUACUGACCCUUGGCGCAAUGAGUCGCUUUGGCCGGUAAAAUUCGGCGAACUGACUAACAUCGGCAAAAUGCAGCACUACGCGUUGGGUCAGUGGAUAAGAAAACGUUAUUCCCACCUAUUAUCAAGUGAAUUCGAUCCAGCGGAAAUUUAUGUUCAAUCCACUGAUGUAGAUCGCACACUCAUGUCUGCUCAAGCUAACUUAGCAGGAAUGUAUCCUCCGACUGGCAGAGCAAUUUGGAAUGAGGCUCUUAUGUGGCAACCCAUACCUGUACACACAAUACCUGAAAAAGACGACGCGGUAUUAGCAAUGAAAAAAAAUUGUGUAUCCUACAACAAAGAAAAGGAAAAGGUAGUCCAAUCAAAGGCUUACAAACAAAGGCUAAGCCAGUACCAACACCUAAUGGAUUACCUAACAUCAUACACAGGGAGGAAGAUAAGUGACUAUUAUGAUAUAGAAGACAUAUAUAGCAGCCUUCACAUAGAAACUUUAUAUAACUUCUCUCUGCCUAAUUGGACACAUAAAGUUUUUCCUGGUGUAAUGAGAGAACCGGCAUGCUAUAGUUUCACAACCUCAGCGGCUACACCGCUAUUAGCGCGUUUGAGAGCUGGACCUUUGCUAAAAGAAAUAGUAACUAACAUGAAGCGUCACGUUAAAAAUAAAAAUAAGCUAUUAAAUAUGACAAUGUAUAGCGGCCACGACUUUACCAUUGGCACCAUUCUAACUGCUCUAGGCAUGUUUGAUGGCAACUGUCCUGAUUACACGUCUACUAUUAUUAUGGAGCUUUUAUAUGAUAACACAAUGGCUCCUUGUAUCAGGAUCUUGUAUAGAAACACACCUGAAAUUGUGGAACCCAAUGUAUUGGAUAUUCCUCAUUGUGGUCAAACAUGUCCUAUGGAAAUAUUCACAAAAUUGUAUGAAAAUCUUCUGACUGUCGACUUUGACUAUGAAUGCGGAAAACAGUUCCCCGCCGUUCUUGGAUUAUCAUUCUUCGCUGGACUAGUGGUUUUUGCUAUAAUUUACAUCGCCCACAAGAUUCAUUUUGCGAGGGUCAUGCAUAACAGCAGCGACAAUGAUGGUUACACCAGUGUACAUACGCCUCAAGACUCAAAAGUCGCUCAUCUGUAAUUUUAUUAGUAAAUCAGGAUACUAUUAAAUUUUUUAUAGAAAAAGUAGAUAAAAACAUGUGAUUCUUUACUACUAUUUUAAAUGUUUUAUAUUGAGUGUUUUUUAAUAAAAAUAUGCGUAACACGUUCACUGUAGUUAUAAAAUAUACUUAUAAAAUAAUAAUUUCGUCCUAAUAAAAUACAAUCCAAUGAUAUAAUAUUAACUAUUGUAACUAUUAUAGUCGAAAACAUCAGUGAAGUUGUUUCAUUACAAUCUGUAAUAAUGUUAAAUACUGAAUGUGAGAGGUAUUGUAAUGCACUAGGUAUCGUAUUAGAUAAUAUUGAAGUUAUUUUUAUUUAUUGCAGCUUAGCAAGAAUAUUUGAAACUACAUUAUUUUUCCAAUUUUCAUGUGUAUAAAAUAACUGACGAUCAUUUAUCAUAAACGGUGAAUGUUAUUACAAUAUUGUGUGUAAUUAAUAAAUAAUAAUGUAUGAGUGAAUUAAAUUAUAUUUUGUAACGUCACGAAAUAUUAAACUGCAUUUACUUAAUUUCAGCCGUUUUAUAUGCUCGAUUUUUAUAUUCUCGGUCGGUCUGCUAAUAUCUAUGACAUGAAGUUAGAGGUACGUCCUUUCCUUGAAGUUUUUUUUUUGCUCAAUUUAUAUAAGUAGUUAAGUUUCUCCAUCGUAUCAUUCUGAAAACACAACAUUUUCUAAAACAAAAUGUAACAAAUCGUCGCCUUACUUUUUCAAACUCGUAUCUUAAAAACAAAGUAACUGAAAUGCUAAAAAUGCAUUGUGUAUACAUAUUUGCAGGAUGGUUUAACAUCAAAUUUCCUUCAUAUUCACGCACUGACUUUUACCUAUUCUUAAAUUAAUGUAUUCAAAUUAACAUCUAAAAUAAAUAGAAAUUUUUGCCAUCUCCUGAAUAAUCACUAUUUAUAAGAUACGUGUUUGAGUAAGUAAUGCGUGGAAAUGUAGGUACGUGUUAUAAUUAUAAUAUACAGGGUAUCGCCUGAAGUGACAUUACUUAUAUUAGGUUUUAUUUUUAAAUACGUCUUAUAAAAAAUGUAACAAACUUUUUUAAUGAUAUUUAUUUCAUUUGGAUCUCAAUUUUUGUUGCGGGAACCAGUCCGCUUUCCACAACAGAUCUCACUUUGGCUAUUCCGUGAUUCUACAUUUACAAAAAAAGAAAAAAAUAUUUUGACUGUGUAUACCUUUGUCUAUCGAAUUGAAAGCGUGCUACAAAGCCAAAGAGUUCUAAUAAAGUGAAAUGAACGUGGAGUAAUAUCUAAAUACGAAGGCUUACAUGACGUCAUGAAGUAAUUAAUGAUAACAAAUGAAAUUUUUUAAAUGUUUACAUUAUGCCUACUAAAUAUAUUCUCUCAUGUGGGCUGUUCGUGUAUUCGAUAUUCAGUAGUUAUAAGAUUUAUGCAUGGUUUGGUACGUAAUAAUUUCCGGGCGAUCGUUGUGAAUACCUAUUCAUCAAAUUCUCAAAAGAGAAUGAAUGGGUUUUACGUAAAUUAUCUAUCUAGACUUGCUGCUAGUUAUAUUACAAAUGUCUGUUACGUAUCUAAACAUAUUUAUUCAAUAAAGAAUUUU